AUGGCGCCUCUACCAAAGCAAACACGCCAAUGGAUCGUCAGCAAUCCGCCCAAGACGAGCGUCUCCCUGAGCGGUGACGAUGCCACCUUCAAGCUCCAAACCGUUGACACCCCAUCCGUCAAUGAUGGUCAGGUCCUCGUCAAGCUUAAGUACCUCUCCAAUGACCCCGCUCAGAGAGGCUGGAUUCAGUCUGGAGUCGAUGCCGAGCGUCUCUACGUUCCUCCGGUCCGUCAAGGCGACGUCAUGCGCUCUUACGGCAUCGGUGAAAUCGUGCAAUCGAAGGCGGAGAACUUGAAGGAAGGCCAGCUCGUAUCGUAUACGGCCAACUGGUCUGAUUACAGGGUUCUCGAAGCGAAGGAGGUCACGCCCGUUCAAGAAGAUAAGGAGGCGGGCAUCAAGGCUACGCACUACAUUGGAGCUCUCGGCGGACCUGGACUCACCGCUUACUAUGGCCUGGUCGGAGUCGCAGAGGCUACCAAAGACGAUACUGUGGUGGUGAGCGGUGCUGCCGGUUCUACUGGCAGCAUGGUCGUGCAGAUCGCAAAGCACGUCCUCGGCUGCAAGAGGGUCAUUGGUAUUGCAGGCGGCGACAAGAAGUGCAAAUGGGUGGAGAGCCUCGGUGCUGAUGCAUGCAUCGACUACAAGGCCUCUGAUUUCGAGGAUAAGCUCUGGAAAGCCACAGAAGGAUACGUAGAAGUCUAUUUCGACAAUGUUGGUGGCCACAUCCUCGAUUUGAUGCUGAAGCGCAUCAAGCGCUACGGUCGCGUUGCAGCUUGCGGCUCCAUUGCUACCUACAACGACCCCGAAUCGACCCGUUUGAAGAACUGGUUCGAGGUCAUCGCAAAUCGUAUUCAGAUCAGGGGGUUCAUCGUGUUCGAUGCGUACACCAAAGGCAAUGGACAGGAGAUGAUGAAUGCUAUCCGGAAUGCGGUGAAGGAGAGGAAGAUCCAGAUCGAGAAGCAGGAAGAGACAAUCGUGCCGACGAAGUUUGAAGAGAUACCCAAGACGUGGACGAUGCUGUUUGAAGGUGGCAACCAAGGAAAGCUUGUCACUGAGCUGAAGGAGUAA